AUGUCAGAAGUCAUUAGAGACGCCCCCAUUGGGCAAAUCAUCAGAUAUGUUACAAAGAACAGAUUCCUCCGGUAUCCAGAAGAGAAGCCAGGUUUUGUUUAUCCCGACUACGCCAGCGCCGAUACCGAGAAGACGACACCUUCACUGUUUCAAAGCGUCCCAUCAAUCUUAUCUAGUAAUAACUCCAUAAAAGAUGCACUGGAGAAAGAACUGGCAGAACCAGACCACCCCAGACUCACACGAACCGAAACCGAUGCCAGUAAUCAUGCUUUGAGCAAGACCAAUACUGCAAGAUCUGCCUUGUCGCGAGUGGGCUCGCGGAUCGCCUUGGAGCAUUCGAAGACUAGAGCAGAUCUCGAAGAAGCUUUUGCUGCCGCAGCCGAACCACAACAUCCUUCUGAGCCGAUACAGCCAGUUCGAACUGCAGACGGUAUCAUUCUCGUUGAUUGGUAUACUACGGCAGAUCCGGCCAAUCCUCAGAACUGGUCCAAUGUGAAGAAAGGCAUGGUUACUGCCCUGAUUUGUAUCUACACCACGGCUGUAUAUACUGGAUCAGCCAUCUAUACACCAUCGGCUGAGGGUGUCAUGCGAGUCUUUGGCGUAUCAGCGACUGCUGCAUCCCUCGGUAUCGCUCUCUUCGUUUUCGCUUACGGCAUUGGGCCUCUGAUCUUCUCGCCCUUGUCUGAGAUCCCCUCGAUUGGCAGGAAUCCACCGUACAUCAUCACCUUUGCUAUUUUCACUAUUUUGUGUCUGCCAACAGCUCUGGUGGACAACUUUGCAGGAUUACUGGUGUUGCGAUUCCUGCAGGGCUUCUUUGGCUCUCCCAUCCUCGCUACCGGUGGAGCUAGUCUCCAAGACAUGUAUUCACUGAUCAAGCUCCCUUAUGUCCUUUGCUGUUGGGCAGCCGCAGCCUGCAUUGGACCUGCUCUCGGACCCAUCAUCUCUGGAUUCAGCGUCGCAGCUAUGAACUGGCGAUGGUCUCUAUGGGAAAUGCUUUGGCUCGCUGGACCCGUGUGGCUCACACUCUUCUUCUUCCUGCCCGAGACAUACCCAGAGACCAUCUUAUUGCGUCGUGCUCAAAGACUCCGAAAACUUACCGGCAACCAGAAUCUAAAGGCGCAGUCCGAGAUUAAUCAAGCUCAACGCGCGUUCAAGGAUAUGGUUGUGGAAGCUCUGUGGAGACCUCUUCAACUCAUUGCUCUGGACCCUGCUAUCGCUUACGCCGAUAUCUACAUUGCCCUCUGCUACGCAAUCUUCUACUCCUUUUUCGAAUCCUUCCCCUUGGUCUACAUGGAACGCUAUGGUUUCAACGCCGGAGAAACCGGUCUCGUCUUCCUCUCCAUCGCCGUCGGUGUCGUAAUCUCCAUUGUAGCAUACUACGCCUACCUCUACUACAUUGUCGAACCCGAAAUCCGUGCCCACGGCAUGGGAUCCCCCGAACGUCGAUUAAUCCCCGCUCUCUUCUCCAGUUUCCUCGUCCCCAUAGGCUUAUUCAUCUUUGCAUGGACAGGCGAUGGGAAAAUCCAUUGGAUUGUGAGUUGUGUGGGUAUUGUGAUUAACAUGAUUGGUGUGUUUAUCCUCUUUCAAUGUGUUUUUGUUUAUUUGCCCAUGGUGUAUCCGGCGUAUGCUGGGAGUCUGUUUGCUGGAAACGAUACUGCGAGAUCUACUUUGGCGGCUGCGGCUAUUCUUUUCUCGAGACCCAUGUUUAUUAAUCUGGGUGUUGGACCUGGUGUUAGUCUUCUGGCAGGGUUGACUACGCUUUGUAUUGCUGGCAUUUUCAUCUUGUUCUUCUAUGGAGAGCAAUUGAGAGCAAAGAGUCGUUUUGCUGCAAAGUGA